AUGGUUCUUCUUAUAAUUUUUAUACUAUCUUUAUUCGAGUUAGCAGAUAUGGCUACCAAGCAACGCAAUCCAAACGCAGAUGGAAUCACACCAAUACCUUUCGAUAAAAUCAAUCCGCGAGCAAAUGAAUUUCGGCGUCUCGACACAGAUGGAAAUGAACAGAUCAGCUUCACUGAAUUUAUUCUUGGCGACACGCACUACAUAGAAAGAAAAUCAGCCGCUUUUCAUAAACUAGACGAGGAUGGAGACGGCGUUGUGUCACGUGCAGAAUACGAUGCCUUCUAUAAACGUGUAGACGACGAACAUCGACGCGAUGAAAUCGACCGCGAUAGCUUUUUCGAAGCGCUUGAUCGUGCUCGACGUGACCAUACGCCAUUCUUCCACAGUUUCUUCCCUGACGAUCGUCAUUAUAUGGAAAGAUCGGAAGGUGAAUCACACGAAAGACGGGAAAGACCUAGUAAGAACAACAGUAGACACAAUUUGUGA